CAUUUUAGGAAAGCGGCGGUGUGUGGAACGGGGCACCGCUGAAGGAUGUAGUUUUCUUUUGUGCAUGUAACUUCCUGAAGUCCGGGCGGAAGUCACUGCGCUCGAGCUCUUUGGCUUCUGACAGUUCAGAGGCCCUGGACCAUGGAGUUGAACUCUGUUAAACCUGUUUCUAGACAAAGCUCGAGAUCCCCGCACUGGACCGGGAGGUGGGCGGGGGUCGUGAGGUUAUCUGCGGAAUAGGUGUUGUGGACCUGUAUGAUUUGUUCAAGUGGAAUUGUCAUUAAUUAUCAUGGCUGAAAAUGGCAUAGACAGAAGUCAGACUGAGAAACUCCUAAAAAGAAUACAAGAACUGGAACAGGAGGUGCAACGACUUAAAAAGGAACAGAUCAAUAACAAGGACUCAAAUGUUAGAGGACACUCUUCUGGAGCUGGAAAGGCUAAGCGGACAUUUGAUUUCAGUGCUCACAGCCGAAGGCAUGUAGCCCUAAGAGUAGCUUAUCUCGGCUGGGGAUACCAAGGCUUUGCUAGUCAGGAAAACACAACCAACACCAUUGAAGAGAAACUGUUUGAGGCACUAACCAAGACUCGACUAGUAGAAAGCAGACAGACAUCCAACUAUCACCGGUGUGGACGAACGGACAAAGGAGUGAGUGCCUUUGGCCAGGUCAUUUCUCUUGACCUUCGUUCUCAAUUUCCAAUGGUCAGAAAUUCAGAAGACUGUAAUCUGAAAGAUGAAACCAGUGAUGCUGCUAAGGAGAUCCAUUAUACUCACAUCCUCAAUCGGGUGCUCCCUCCGGACAUCCGUGUCCUGGCCUGGGCCCCUGUAGAUCCUGGCUUCAGUGCCAGGUUCAGCUGUCUGGAGCGGACUUAUCGCUAUUUUUUCCCUCGUGCUGAUUUAGAUAUUGUAACCAUGAACUGUGCAGCCCAGAAGUACGUUGGCACGCAUGAUUUCAGGAAUUUGUGUAAAAUGGAUGUAGCCAAUGGAGUUAUCAAUUUUCAGAGAACUAUUCUGUCUGCUCAGGUGAAGUUAGUGGGUCAGAACCUGGGCGAGGAGAGAUGGCAAGAACCUUUCCAGUUAUGUCAAUUUGAAGUGACUGGCCAGGCAUUCCUUUACCAUCAAGUCCGUUGUAUGAUGGCUAUUCUCUUUUUGAUUGGCCAAGGAAUGGAGAAACCAGACAUCAUUGAUGAGCUGCUGAAUGUAGAGAAAAAUCCCCAGAAACCUCAAUAUAGUAUGGCUGUUGAAUUUCCUCUUGUCUUGUAUGAUUGUAAGUUUGAAAAUAUCAAGUGGAUCUAUGACCAGGAGGUUCAACAGUUCAAUGUCACCCACCUACAGCAACUAUGGGCCAAUCAUGCUGUCAAAACUCAUAUGUUAUAUAGCAUGUUACAGGGACUGGACUGUGUUGCAGUAUCUUGUGGGACAGGGCCAACAACGGAUGGAAUGACAGAAUGGAGAAAUGUUAAGCCCCCCGUCAUAAAACACACCAGUGCCUUUAUAGAAGGAGUGAAAAUGCGCACAUAUAAGCCCCUCAUGGAUCGUCCCAAAUGCCAAGGAUUGGAAUCCCGGAUCCAGCAUUUUGUAUGUAGGGGACGCAUCGAGGAUCCACAAUUACUCCACAAGGAAGAAACCAAAGGCAAAAGGGACUGUAAUGACACACUAGAGGAAAAUGCUAUUUUUGAGAAUCCAACAAAGAAGAUCUGUGUUGAUACGCAAAUUAAAAGUAUUAUUUCAUCAUAGAAAAUCCACCAGGAUCUAGAAAGCAACAACCAGCCAGUGAUGGGAAGACAGAAAAGACAUACAAAGGUAGUAUUUGCUGCAAGAAGUCCUAAAAAUUCAUAAGAUUUGCCCUUGUGAAAUUGAGGGAUUUGUUUGUGUCUUCCUGGAAACCUCUGCCUUGUACUCAGAUCUUUAGAGCCUGUUCUUACUGGUGUCUAAGGUACAGAAGCUUUUAUUACAAAGCCUGUAAAUCUACUAGAGGUUGGAAAAUUUUCUAGGAUGAACCACAGAGUAAAUAAAUGUUUUUAGGCUCUAUGAACCACAAAUGGUCUCUGUUGCUUAUUCUUCGAAACAUCCAUUCAUGGAUGACAGUGUUUUCCAUCCAUGGUCUAGUAGUUUAAGAACAAGGAGGAGGCCUGGUGAGGUAACCUAGUGGCUAGAGUCCUCACCUUACAUCUGCUAUGAUCCCAUAUGGGUGCUGAUUCAUGUUCUGGCUGCUCCACUUCCCAUCCAUCUUCCUGCUUGUGGCCUGGGAAAGUUGUGGAGGACUGCCCAAAGCCUUGGGUCCCUGUGCUCCCAUGGGAGACCUGGAAGAGGCUCCUAGCUCCUGGCUUUGGAUUGCCUCAGCUCUGGCCAUUGGGGAGUGAACUAGCAGAUGGAAGAUCUUUCUGUGUUACUUCCUUCUCUGUAUAUCUGCCAUUAAAAUAAAUAAAAUAAAAUAUAAAUCUUUAGGAAAAAAACGAGGAACCAGUUAGGGAAAUGGAGCUCUUAGGUGUGUCUGGGGCAGAAGCUGCAGCUUCUUCAGAGA